UUUAUUAUACGGGAAAUCCAGCGUAAUUUUUCGAUGUCGCUGCUGACUGUGCGAGGAUCAGUCGCAAUAGCGAGAAAACGGGUCUUUUUGCAUCAGGUAAGCUACCAGGCUACCGUUUUGACUGCAAGCAAAACUGACAAAGCUGAUCUACCCGGCUGUCCGCUCUGUCGCAAUGGGCUGGAGAAGUUUGGCUACAAGGAUGCUCUCUUGUUGAGACAGUUUCUGACUCCUGACGGCCUUAUUCGAGGUAGAAGACAAACAGGGAUAUGUGAAAAGAUGCAGAAACGAAUUUCUAAAGCUAUACGUCGUUCUCGAGAAAGAGGUUAUUUACCAAACUUUAAGCCUUGGCAUAACGAGAAUUGAGCUAAAACAUGAUCACAAACUUGAAAAGCACACUUCCGAGUUCUUGUAUGUAAAAUCAUCGAACUGUGGAAUGUUGUCUUUAAUUCACACUGAAUGUACACGCAGUCUUGUCAUUACAAGCAUUUGCUUUGAAGAAUCAUAUCUUGAGUCUACUGCUGUCUUAAUUAGUUAAUUAAUAUCUGUAUACUAUUGUACUAGCUGAGUGUGGCAAUGCAUUUCUGCUUGGCUUGCACACAUAUUGACUGUUUACAGCACAUCAGUGGUCUAGUUUCCAGGUAGUAUGUAGGUUCGGCUCUUUGUGAUCUCUAUAGAAGCAGAAAUCUGUAAACAAUGCUUGUACAGUACAGUACUCACAUUUUUUUGUUGUUCGU